GUUGAACCCAUAGUUUUAGAAAGGACCCCGCGCGCUGUUUGGCUAUUUGGAAGUGUAAAUUAGUUCAAAUAAUAAGUAUCUAAAACGGCUAAAACCUAUAUGUAUGCUCUUUGCCGAAUUUAAUAGCGUAAAUUUGACAACGUACUUCAAUAUGACUUUGAAGAUGCUUUGGAGUUUAUUAUGAAAAUGUUCGAUAAAUUAAUAAUAGCAUUAGUAACAGUUGUAAUUAUUUGCAAUGGUUCUAACGUUGUCGAGAAACCAAGAUCGUUCGAAACAAUCAUGAAACUUCACGUGAAUCGUACUUUAGAUGGAACUAAAUUGCUACCUGAAGAGUUGGAUUUGUUCUUACCAUAUAAAAUUCCAAAGGAAGCUGGUGGACCAUGCUACAAAGCCCGUUGUGACAUCCCAUGUGUGGGUGCUAUGCCUCCGACUAUAUGCCCUCAGGAGAUCCCUGAUUGUAUAAGUGGAUGCGCCUGUAUAGUGGACUGCAAGACCGGAAUCACCGACUGUUUUGAUAUAAGCAAAUGUCCAGAAGAAAACUUUAUAACUUCGAAUGAAACUUUCACCUACACUAGUGAUUCGAAAAUCGAUCUGAGGACUUCCUCAUCAUCAUCGUCCACUGUACCUUAUCCCAUUAUCUGGGGUCGGCGCAAUAUGUGGACUACAACGUGACAUCUUCCUACUUCGGAGCAUAUUCACGGAAAAAGAAUUUGAUAAAGAAUUUGCUGCUAUUUUUUUUGCUUUUUUUAUUCAUAUAGAAGUACUUCUGGCUUUUGUGGGUAAAUAUUGUUCAGCACGAUUAGAGGGAGAUAAAUGUAGUAUUGCCUCAACCAAAACGGUGGCUGCGUAACCAAAAUCAAAAAAUUAAAAAUAUGACAAUGAUUCUUUAUAAAUUCUUUAAAAAAACACUAAUGUCAAAUCACUUUUUAGUUGAUUUCGUGGAAUUAGUAGGUACGUACGUAGUACCUACUAUUUCUAUGGUUGAUUUAUAUUUAAACCUUUUGUGAAUGUUUCUAUUGAUACAACAAAAUUUAAGCAAAAAAAAAAUGCUGUAGUUAUCAGGAUCUAUAAUCACUAUAAAUUAUUCUGGAAUCGUGUUAACAGGCCAAAUGCAUUAGAAGGUUACACGUACAUGUAAUUAAAUAUCAUUGAAUCAUCAGAUAAUAACUAAUAGCAUGCUGCAUUCGUUCAUCUACCGUACUUUAUUCUGUGAAAAAAAUAGGCUGGGCUUGACAUGGCUUGAAGUGCUCGCUAGAUGUUGACGAAAUUUACAAGAUAAAUAGGUAUAUUGUGCGUCAUAACGCACAAUACCUAACCAAAUAGUGAAAUCUCUAAAGCAUUGCUAUAAACCAAAACAGUUUCGUUAUGUUAAACAAAUUGAACUACUUUGGGGACAACACCUCACUCCACGGUGUGAGACAUGCGUUUUCUCUCUCAUACAUAUCACCGUAUAAGAAGAUUUUCUGGAUCAUAGUCUUGACAGCGUGCGGGUUCUGCGCAUCAGUCAUCCUGCAAUCCAUCAUGGCGCUGUAUUCCGGGGAAGCUGUCUCAUACCUCAUGGAUACCAACUACAUCAACUUCGAAACUCCCUUCCCCGCUGUUACGAUCUGCCAGUCAGGGGACACCGGCCAGACCAAGAACUACAUAGCGAAGAACAAUUUGCCCAAAAGCCUGACGAGUUUCUUCAAGGACGCCAGCUUCUGGUACCUCAAGUACUGCAAAACUUCAUGCACUUGCCAGAUAAAUGUGACAUGUGUGGAAGACUUCCUGGAUGCUGUGAGGAGCAUACGGUCUCCUUGCUCGGAACUCAUGACUGACUGCUGGUUCGGGGGAAAACAUUUCGCAUGCUGCGAGCGCUUUAUUCCAACGCCAACGGAGUACGGUGUAUGUUUCACCUUUAAUUCUCGGCUGAACGGCAACGUGACAACCCUGAGUCGUCGAGAUGGACCCGUCCUUCCGACUCUUAUAUACACCGUCUUGGAAAAAUUUGAAAUAAGGGUCCAUUCCCCUGAAGAUAUGGUAUCUGUCGCAAUGGAAAACCCCCUGGGGCAGGCCAUGACGAUUCCUCUCGUCACUGACUUGGAGAUGAUCUUUAAGGCUGACAUUACGACCAGCGAUAAGUCAAUCACCCCGCUGAGCCCAGCAGCGCGGACCUGCCUCUUCCCCAGCGAAAAGCCUGAUUGGACUGCAGCCCAUUGGAACUUCUCCCGGUACUCGUUCAGCACUUGCAUGCUGUACUGCCGAGCCUUGGCGCAGUACCACUACUGCAACUGCACCCAUCAUUUGAUGCCCGCUAUACGAGGUUUGCCGUACUGCGGACCUCAUGAAAUUCAGUGUCUUAGUCAUCAUAAAGAACAAUUCAUGAACCACGAGUGUGAAUGCCCGAUGGCAUGCGACGAGGUGAACUAUAAACUUGUCCAUAUAUACAAUGUUCGCUACAGCGGCGACGACGUAUCCGAAACUCUUAAAGCGCGGGGCACGCGGGGUGUGGUCCGACUGGCGGAACUGCCUAACUCUAUGGUCCGACGGGUCGAGAUACGACACACGCUGGGACUCGUAGUGGACAUCGGUGGCGUGGCCGGCGUGUUCUUCGGUGCCUCUCUUCUUGGCGCGCUGGAAAUAUUCUACCUUUUCUGUAUAAGACGAAGUUCUUAAUCUUCUUUCAAUUCAUAUUUAGCAGCAUGUUCCGAUUUCUAUUAUGUUCCAUAGUUUUCUUUUUAACCUUAAAUAUAAUAAUAAAUCCAUCCGUAAAU